GUGCAGCCCGGGGCGCGCUGGGGUCCUCGGGCCCGGCCAGCUCGGCCAGGCGCCGCGAUGGAGGAGCCGCAGCGCGCCCGCUCGCACACCGUCAACACCACCACCAGCUCCUUCGCCGAGAACUUCUCCACCACCAGCAGCAGCUUCGCCUACGACCGCGAGUUCCUCCGCACGCUGCCGGGGCUCCUCAUCGUGGCCGAGAUCGUGCUGGGAUUGCUGGUAUGGACACUUAUUGCUGGAACUGAGUACUUCCGGGUCCCUGCAUUUGGCUGGGUCAUGUUUGUAGCUGUGUUUUAUUGGGUCCUCACCGUCUUCUUCCUCAUCAUCUACAUAACAAUGACCUACACGCGGAUUCCCCAGGUGCCCUGGACAACAGUGGGCCUGUGCUUUAACGGCAGUGCCUUCGUUUUAUACCUCUCGGCCGCUGUGGUGGAUGCUACUUCUGUCUCCUCAGAGAGGGACAGUCACAACUUCAACAGCUGGGCUGCCUCAUCGUUCUUUGCCUUCCUGGUCACCAUCUGCUACGCUGGAAACACAUAUUUCAGUUUUAUAGCGUGGAGAUCCAGGACCAUCCAAUGAUUUACCAUUGUGAUAAUUAAAAGGAAAAAAGCAGGAAGAAUUUCACUGUAAAAAUAGCUGUAGGUAUAAUGUAUAUUUCCAGACAAUUGUAUUUAACUAAUGUUUUUAUAUACUUAGUUAAAUUGGCUCACAGUGGUUUGUUACAAUUAAACAAUACUUAUUUGCAAAGUGUUAUAACUUGUGAUGAACUUUUU